UCUUGUUCUCCGUAACUUGCUAUUCCUGAGGUAAAAAAAAUGGCCUCCCACAAACUUACGGAUAGCAAGGUGGCUCUUGCCGAAGGUGGGGGAGACUAUUCUUCCCUCAUCAGCGCUUUUAGCGCCCUCGGUGACCUCGAGGCUCUGGGUGAACCUCUCGGGCCUAGUAGCCAAAAUAUUCGUGGUACCACCCCACUGAUUGAAACACUGGAGGCGGUCAAGCAGCCCGACCCCCUCGGGGUGAGUAAGGUGACCGAGACUGAAACGAGUGAAUCCAACGAGGUGGCUGAAUCCAUCUGGCCUACAGAGGGGGUAGCUGAACAGAUGGUGUCGAGCGAGGUGGUGGCUGAGUCAACUGGAUCGAGUGAGGUGGUGGCGGAAACGAGCGAGGCAGUGGCAGAACUGAUGGAACCAAGUGAGGAGGUGGUGGAAUCGAGCGAGGGGGUGGCAGAAUCAAGCGAGGCGGUGGCCGUGGAGGAGUCGAACGAGGCGGUGGCGGUGGUGGAGUCAAGUGAAAUGGUGGCAGAACCUAUGGAACGGAGCGAGGAGGUGAUGGAAUCAAACGAGGUGGUGGCGGACUCGAGCGAGGCGAUGGCAGUGGCGGUGGCGGAGUCGAACGAGGCGAUGGCAGUGGCGGUGGCGGAGUCGAACGAGGCGAUGGCAGUGGCGGUGACGGAGUCGAACGAGGCGAUGGCAGUGGCGGUGACGGAGUCGAGUGAGGCAAUGGCGGUGGCCGUGGCGGUGGUGGAGUCGAGCGAGGCGGUGGUGGUGGCAGUGGCGGAGUCCAGCCAGAUGAUGGCGGUGGAGGAGUCGAGCGAGGCGGUGGCGCUGGCAGAGUCGAGCGAGGCGGUGGCGCUGGCAGAGUCGAGCGAGGCGGUGGCGGAACCAAUGGAACCGAGCGAGGCGGUGGUGGAGUCGAGCGAGGCGGUGGUGGAGUCGAGCGAGGCGGUGGUGGAGUCGAGCGAGGCGGUGGUGGAGUCGAGUGAGACGGUCGCGGAAUGCAGUGAGGCAGUGGUGGAGUCCAGUGAGGCGGAAUCGAGCGAGGUGGUGAUGGAAUCGAGCGAGGAGGUGGCGGAACCGAUGGAAUCUAGCGAGGCGGUGGUGGAAUCCAGCGAGUCGGUUAUGGAAUCGAACGAGGCAGUGGCAGAACCGAUGGAAUCGAGCGAGGCGGUGGCGAAAUCGAGCGAGGCGGUGGCGGAAUCGAGCGAGGCGGUGGCGGAAUCCAGCGAGGCGUUGGUGGAAUCGAGCGAGGCGGUGGUGGAAUCGAGCGAGGCGGUGGUGGAAUCGAGCGAGGCGGUGGUGGAAUCGAGCGAGGCGGUGAUGGAACCCAGCGAGAUGGUGGCUGAACCAACGAAACUGAGUGAGUUUACUGAACCAGUGGGACAGAAAGAGCCAGUGGUAGAACUUAAUGAGCCAGUGACAGGAUCUGAUGAGACUGUGACUGAACCUUAUGUAUCUGUGAUGAGAGAAACUAAGCCAGUUAUGGAAGCUAAGGAAGCUCCAAUAGGAUCGGAUAAGACUGUGAUGGGAUCCAGUGUUACUAAGAUGGGACUUAAGGAGCCAGUGGUAGAACCCAAUGUGAUUUGCCCAAAGAAUCAAAGUGAGCCUAGUGGAGAGAGCAAGCCCAAAAGAGAGAACAAACCAAGUGAGCAGAGCAGAAAAAACGAACAGAAUAUGCCAAAAGAGCCUGGAGAGGCGAGUGAGUUGAGUGGGGCAGGAGACAUGAGAGAGACAAGCUCCCCCAUGGAGGCAAGCGGUGGCGUAUUAGAGGCAAGCGGGCAGGCAAACCACAGAUUGGAAGCAGGUGCAAGCGGGACCCUGGAGGCUAGCGGGCCCCAGGGGGCAAGCGAGCAGAAUGGAUCCACUGGGGAGCAAAUGGCGUCCCUCUAUGUAGGUGACCUCCAUCAUGACGUGACCGAAGCAAUGUUAUACCAGAAGUUCAGUCCAGCGGGGCCCAUCUUAUCUAUUCGAGUGUGUAGGGAUAUGAUCACCCGGCGUUCCCUAGGAUACGCCUAUGUUAACUUUCAACAAUCGUCGGAUGCUGAGCGGGUGUUGGAAACCAUGAACCUGGAUGUAAUCAAGGGCAAGCCAGUUCGUAUCAUGUGGUCCCAACGUGACCCUUCACUGCGCAAGAGCGGUGUGGGAAACAUUUUUGUUAAAAAUCUAGAAAAGUCCAUUGACAACAGGGCCCUAUUUGAUGCUUUCUCUGGCUUCGGUCAUAUUCUGUCCUGCAAAGUGGUCAGUGAUGAGAAUGGUUCCAAAGGCUAUGGCUUUGUUCACUUUGAAACUCAAGAGUCUGCUGAAAAAGCUAUAGAAAAGAUGAACGGCAUAGUUUUGAAAGACCUCAAAGUAUUUGUUGGUCGCUUUAAAUCCCGCAAAGAGCGAGAAUUGGAACUUGGAGCUAGAGCUAGAGAGUUCACCAAUGUUUACAUCAAGAAUUUCGGAGAAGACAUGGACAAUACUAGACUUACUGAGCUAUUUGGAAGAUUUGGACAGGCUCUGAGUGUAAAAGUAAUGACUGACGAAAGGGGGAGGUCUAAAGGUUUUGGAUUUGUUAGUUAUGAAAGACAUGAAGAUGCUCAGAGAGCCGUGGAUGAAAUGAAUGGAAAAGAACUCAAUGGAAGACAGAUUUAUGUUGGAAGAGCUCAGAAAAAGGGAGAGAGGCAGACAGAACUGAAACGCCACUUUGAACAGAUUAAACAAGACAGAAUUACCAGGUACCAGGGGGUCAAUCUUUAUGUGAAAAAUCUUGAUGACACUAUUGAUGACGAGCGGUUGAGAAAAGAAUUCUCCCCAUUUGGUACAAUUACAAGUGCAAAGGUCAUGAUGGAAGGAGGACGCAGCAGAGGCUUUGGAUUUGUUUGUUUUUCAGCACCAGAUGAAGCUGCCAAGGCAGUCACGGAAAUGAAUGGCCGGUUAGUAACCAGUAAGCCUCUGUAUGUAGCGUUAGCCCAGCGCAAAGAAGAACGCCAAGCGCACUUGACAAACCAGUAUAUGCGGAGAAUGGCUAAGGUUCAGACCUUUGCCAAUCCGGUGCUCAAUCCCUACCACCAGCCAACAUCAUCUUCCAGCUAUUUCAUGACCACUGUCCCAUCAUCUCAGACCCGCACUUCAUACUAUCCUUAUGGCCAAGUUCCCCAUCUCAGAACAUCUUCUCACUGGGGCCCUCCAGGUGGAAGACUUCACCCGUUUCCGACCGUCUCUGGUGUCGUCCGUCCCGAGGCUCCUAGACCACCAUUCAAUCCUAUGAGAUCUGCUUCGGGCCCGGUUCCGAGAAUGACGACCACCCAGCGCAUCGUCAGUUCUUCAAAUCAGAUGCUUGGGCCUCCACGUCCACCAUUCAUUUCUACUCUGCGUGCAGUUCAGCAAUACAAAUACGCCGCUGGUGUCCGCAAUCCAAAAUGUUUCGAGGUACCGAUGCAAAUCAACCUUCCACAGCCUGCUGUCCAUGCCCAAGAGGUGUUAACUGCUUCCAUGUUAGCAGAUGCCCUUCCCCAGGAGCAAAAACAGAUGUUAGGGGAGCGGCUGUUUCCACUCAUUCAAGCCAUGCAUCCUGCUCUGGCCGGUAAGAUCACAGGCAUGCUGCUGGAGAUCGACAACUCCGAGCUUCUUCACAUGCUUGAGUCUCCCGAAUCUCUCCACUCCAAAGUGGAUGAAGCUGUGGCUGUCCUGCAGGCCCACCAGGCGAAAGAAGCUGCCCAGAAUGAAGCUGAAAAUCCUUCCAGGAUUCUACCAAAUUAAACAAAGUUUAGUAUUCACAAAGCUCAAUACCUGGUUCACUCAAAAGUUCCAAGCACAGAAAAACCUAAGUGUUAGCAAAAACAAAACAAAACAAAACAAAAAAAGCAACCAAGUUUCUACCAAGUUUAAAAAAGAACACAAA